AUUUUACCAAAAAUAAACAUCAAAAAUAUGGAAGAACCUCUAGAAAGCAACCCUGUUGUAGGGCAAGAAGCCCCAAUUCCUACUCAAGAGGAGACAACUUUGAGAAGAAGACGGAGGAUGACUCAAGCAACUGCUCCGGACUUGAUCAACCGCAAUGUUGAAUAUUUAGAAGGGGGUAUCUUAAGAACAAUUAACAGUAUCCUUCCCCUUCCUGUCGAUGAAGUUGGUGAAAGAGAAGUCUACUCAAGGUUUACUUCAAAAGAGCUAGCUUCUUACAUGAUAAACCUUCUUAAAGAACGUAUAAUAAUCCUGAGACUCAUCCUCACAAUUUUCGUGAUUGCUUUUACUAAUCUAACUAAUGUCAUCUUUUUUUUUCCCAACAAGAAAUCAAAUUGGGAUCAGCUUUUGAAAACGAUGAUUUAUCUGACACCAGUCUGGCAGCUGAUAUGGUUUAUACUUUUAGUAAUGGGAAAGAAUUAUUCAAAGUGGUACAUCAGCAUCAAGCUCAUAUGUAUUUCCUUAAUCUGAAUGACUUCAGUUGUUGCUUACCUAGGAGUGAACGUCCAGCCAUCCUUAUUCCAAGCUUGUGACUCAAGGUUGACAUUUAUAGUCUGAAUGAUAAAUAUCUUGUCUAUACUACUCUGCUCCUUCUUCGUACUGUUCAGCAUUGUCUUGAUAAUAAUAGCAAGCAUAAUUUCACUAAUCUUUGCUCUUGCAUUCCUGCCAUUCAUGCUAAUCUACUUGUUGAGCUAUAACACUUGUAAGGAAGGAUUUUCACAAAUAUAUAAAAUUUAUAACUUGAAUAGAAUGAGGUCUUUAUAUCAAUCUCAAAGGUAUAAUCGCUCCUUGCUAGCCCACGAGGAUGAAAAUACAAACUCUUGCACCAUCUGAUUCCUUGAAUUUAGGGAAAAAAUUGAUUAUGUGCUUGAUUUUGACUGUAAACAUGUAUUUCACCAGCAUUGUGUUGAAAAGUGGUUGAAUAUGAACAAAAACUCGUGCCCACUCUGCAGACAUAAGAUAUUUUAAUACAUACUAAGCUAACUAAAAC